ACAUAACAUAUCCUUCUCUAAAAAAUUCCCCUUUAGUUUCGUCCCUCACUCUCUGGCACUGAACAUUUUAUUUUAUUUUAUUUUAUUUUUUACAUUUUAAGCUGCUGAUUCAAAUUUAUUUAUCUCAUUCCCUAAUCUCUGUCUAUCUAACCCACGUUUCUCCAUUCUCGCGUCGCGCGGCAUUCCUGCGUUCUCCGGUGGUUUUGGAUUUUGAAGCAGAAAAAAAUGGCAGAGACAAAACCAGAUACAACACCCUUGAUGCCGCCAUCUUCGCGGAACCUUCCAGACUUCAAGCUGUCUGUUAAAUUGAAGUAUGUUAAGCUUGGCUAUCAUUACCUCAUAACGCAUGGCAUGUACCUGUUUCUUUCACCCCUGGUGGUGCUCAUUGCUGCUCAGCUCUCCACUUUCUCCCUCAAAGAUCUUUAUGAUAUUUGGGAGCAUCUACAAUACAACUUGAUAUCUGUUAUUCUUUGCUCCACUCUCCUUGUAUUUUUAUCCACCCUAUACUUUAUGACCCGUCCUCGACCAGUGUACCUUGUCAAUUUCUCCUGUUACAAGCCUGAAGAAUCUCGGAAAUGCUCAAAAAAGAUGUUUAUGGAAAAGUCCCAGAUGAGUGAUUUUUUCACGGAGGAAAAUCUUGAAUUCCAACGGAAGAUCCUUGAGAGAUCUGGGCUUGGGGAAGAUACUUACUUUCCAGAGCCUCUCCUAACCACUCCUCCCAACCCUUCAAUGAAAGAAGCUAGGAAAGAAGCUGAGGCUGUUAUGUUUGGUGCCAUUGAUGAGUUAUUUGCUAAGACCUCUGUGAAGCCUAAAGACAUUGGAAUUCUGAUUGUAAAUUGUAGUCUGUUCUGCCCGACCCCAUCACUUUCUGCAAUGAUUAUCAAUCACUAUAGGCUUCGAGGGAAUAUAAAGAGCUUCAACCUAGGUGGGAUGGGAUGCAGUGCAGGGCUUAUCUCAAUUGAUCUUGCUAAAGAUCUUCUCCAGGUCCAUCCCAAUUCCUAUGCAUUGGUCAUUAGCAUGGAGAAUAUCACAUUGAAUUGGUAUCCUGGAAAUGAUAGAUCCAAGCUUGUUUCAAAUUGUUUAUUCCGUAUGGGAGGAGCUGCGGUUCUGCUUUCCAACAAAAGCUCUGACAGGAGAAGAUCCAAAUACCGAUUGGUCCACACUGUUCGCACUACUAAGGCUUCUGAUGACCAGUGCUUUAGCUGUGUUACUCAAGAAGAAGAUGCCAAUGGCAAGGUUGGUGUUACCUUGUCAAAAGAUCUGAUGGCAGUUGCAGGUGAUGCUUUAAAAACCAAUAUCACCACACUGGGGCCUCUUGUCCUUCCUACAUCAGAACAGCUGCUAUUCUUUGCCACUUUAGUUGGGAAGAAACUUUUCAAGAUGAAGAUCAAACCUUAUAUUCCAGAUUUCAAGCUAGCUUUUGAUCAUUUUUGCAUCCAUGCCGGAGGCAGAGCUGUUUUGGAUGAACUGGAGAAGAACUUGCACCUGUCUCCUUGGCAUAUGGAACCGUCAAGGAUGACACUUUACCGUUUUGGAAACACCUCCAGCAGUUCACUUUGGUAUGAAUUGGCUUACACAGAAGCCAAAGGAAGAAUCAAAAAGGGGGAUAGAACAUGGCAAAUAGCAUUCGGUUCUGGAUUCAAGUGCAACAGUGCAGUAUGGAAGGCUCUUAGGACCAUCAACCCUGCAAAGGAAAAGAGCCCUUGGAUGGAUGAGAUCCACCAGUUUCCAGUUGAUGUUCCAAGGGUUUCAGCCAUCUAAACAAUGCAGUUUUUAAAUAUUUUUUGUAUCAGCCUUAGAAAGUAGCUUUUUGAACUGGUGGAAGAGGAUGAGCGGUAAGUCUGGCUUAGGUUUAGUAGACUUUGUUAAAUAUAAUUUAGUCUAGGGAUGGUGCAUGAGCAUUGGAUUGCUAGGUUUGUCAGGAAUUUAUUGCUCUGUUGUAGUGAAAUGCUUUUAAAAGGGAUCGGAAAUGUAAUUCCAAUCCUAAUUCCUGAUUUGCCUGAUUCGAUU